AUGUACUUCUCUGGCUUCCUGACGCUCGCCCUGGCGGCGGCGGCGGCGUCCGCUCAGCAGCAGUUGGCUCAGUUGCUGAGCCAGACCCCUGAGUUGAGCACCCUCAACUCUCUCUUGGCUACGGUACCUCAAGUCGGCCAGAUGCUUUCCACUGCCAACGGCAUCACGAUCCUCGCCCCCUCAAACCAGGCGUUUGAUAAGUUCAUGCGCGACCACCCGGACCAGGCGCAAAUGUCGAACAACCCACAAGCUGUGACGGCUCUUCUGCAGUACCACGUCGUCAUGGGCACGGUCAUGUCGAACCAGCUGAGCGCUCAGCCCGUCUUCGGCCAGACGCUCCUCAACGCACCCUUUGCCAACGUGACAGGCGGCCAGCGUGUCGAGCUCUCCCUCGUCGACAACCGCGCCAUGAUCCUCUCGGGCUACAAGCAGAUGAGCAUGGUCACGACCGCUGACGUUCAGUUCACCGGCGGCGUCGUGCACAUUGUCGACACGGUCCUCGCCGUCCCCGGCUCGCCCGCCCGCACCGCCGUCGACAUGGGCCUCACGUCAGCGGCCGGCGCCCUGGGGCGCGCGCAGCUCGUCGACGCCGUCAACGCCAUGCGCGACGUGACCAUCUUCGCGCCCAGCAACGCCGCCUUCCGCGCCAUUGGGGCCACGGCCGACCAGCUCCAGCCGCAGCAGCUCGGCGCCGUGCUGCAGUACCACGUCCUCGACCGUCAGGUCCUCUUCAGCAGCAUGCUCGCGCAGGCCCGCGCAGCAGGUGGCCAGCAGGGCACCAUGCUGCGCACGCUGUCCGGGGCCAUGGUCUCGGUGCGCAUGCAGGACGGCUCCGUUUUUGUCAACUCGGCGCGCGUUAUCAUGGCCGACGUCAUCACGAGCAACGGCGUCGUGCAUGUACUCGACAACGUUCUCAACCCCGCGGCUACCCAGCUGACGCCCGACAUGUCGCGUCAGACGCAGGCGCCUGCAUUUGACGGCGCGCAAAAGUCCAAUCAGGAUCCGUUCACACAGGGCAUCAACCCGACGACGACCAUCAGGCCGGCUAUGCAGACGAUGAGGCCGAAUGCGGCGGGACACGCGGCUGCGCCGGUGGCCGCGGUCAUGGGCUUGUUCGGCGGUGCGGUGGCUCUGGCUAACCUGUGA